AAAGAAGGAACCCGCGGGAGAAGAAUGCUCUGCCUUUCAACUCUUUCCCUUCCCGAAUGGCAGCUCUUCUCUCAUCGAGUUUUGCUACCAACAAUCCCCUCUUCAAGUUUCCAUACCACUGUGUUAUUUUCCACCCAACUUAUAAUCGCAAAAUCUUCAGAAUCUACUGCAAUAGAGAAAACACACCAAACAAUUUAUCCUCCAGUCAAGAAUCUGAGCCUCAAAACGCACUGCUUAAGAUAGCUUGGUAUGGCUCCGAGCUUCUGGGAAUUGCUGCUUCAUUUCUCCGUUCACCGUCUAAUGUUGAACCACGGGAAAAUGAUAUCAAGCUUGCUAUAGAUGGGUCAAAAUUUGUUGAUCGUGAAAUCGUUGUGGAAACUAUUAAACGAGAUUUUGAAAGAUCCUAUUUUGUCACAGGCAACCUUACCCUUGAUGCUUAUGAGGAGGAUUGUGAGUUUGCCGAUCCAGCAGGUUCCUUUAGAGGGCUUCGCCGUUUCAAAAGGAACUGUACAAAUUUUGGGUUGCUUAUCGAGAAGUCAAAUAUGAAGCUCAUGAAGUGGGAGGAUCUUGAGGAUAAGGGAAUCGGACACUGGCGAUUUAGUUGCAUCAUGUCAUUUCCCUGGAAGCCUAUUCUUUCUGCAACUGGAUAUACUGAGUAUUAUUUCGAUAUACAAACUGGAAAAGUAUGCAGGCAUGUGGAGCACUGGAAUGUUCCCAAAAUGACACUGUUAAAGCAACUUCUGAAGCCUAGCCGAGGGCUUUGGCAUCGGAAGACUGGUGGUUGAAGAAACAGUAGAAGGGCCUUCUUCUAGACACAACAGGGUUGCCAUUAUUGGGAUGAAAUAGGUUAAGUCAAUCAAGAUGCUUAUAGCUUUCAUGAGUGGAGAUCAUGUACAACAGUAGAUUUUUGCUUGAUAUCAGGAAACAAUUCUGAAUUGUAAAAAAAUAUAAUCUAAAAUUUUUAGAUAAGAGUAUUUUAAUUCUCAAAUACAUAUUGAAAUUCUGCAGUGA